AUGUCGUUUGAUCACACUACUGACGAUAAGCUUGCUUUUGAAACUUCUGAAAGUGUUAAAGUAGUACCUACUUUUGAUUCUAUUGGUUUAAAGGAAGAUUUGCUUCGUGGUAUUUAUGCUUACAACUUUGAAAAGCCUUCUGCUAUUCAACAAAGAGCCAUUGUACCCAUUAUCAAGGGACGUGAUGUGAUUGCUCAAGCUCAAUCAGGUACUGGUAAGACAGCAACCUUUUCCAUUUCUGCCUUACAAGCCAUCGAUACCACCAUCAGAGAAACACAAGCACUUAUCUUGUCACCAACGCGUGAAUUAGCUGUUCAGAUUCAAUCUGUUGUUUUAGCUUUGGGUGACUAUAUGAAUGUGCAAUGUCAUGCUUGUAUUGGUGGUACCAAUGUAGGUGAAGAUAUUCGUAAAUUGGAAGCAGGUGUCCAAAUUGUCUCUGGUACACCUGGUCGUGUUUAUGAUAUGAUUCGUCGCCGUACUUUGCGUACACGUAAUAUCAAGAUGCUCAUUCUUGAUGAAGCUGAUGAACUGUUGAACCGUGGUUUCAAAGAUCAAAUCUAUGAUGUCUAUCGUUAUUUACCACCAGGCACACAAGUCGUGCUUUUGAGUGCUACAUUACCCAACGAUGUAUUGGAAAUGACCAACAACUUCAUGACAGAUCCUAUUCGUAUCCUUGUGAAGCGUGAUGAAUUGACAUUGGAAGGUAUCAAGCAAUUCUUUGUUGCUGUGGAACGCGAAGAAUGGAAGUUUGACACUUUAUGUGAUCUGUAUGAUACAUUGACUAUUACACAAGCUGUUAUUUUCUGUAAUACGAGAAGAAAGGUUGAUUGGUUGACUGAAAAGAUGAGAGAAGCCAACUUUACUGUGUCCGCCAUGCACGGUGAAAUGCCACAAAAAGAGCGUGAUGCUAUUAUGCAAGAAUUCCGUCAAGGUGCUAGUCGAGUGUUGAUUACCACUGAUGUUUGGGCCCGUGGUAUUGAUGUCCAACAAGUGUCUUUGGUUAUCAACUAUGAUUUGCCUGCUAACCGUGAAAACUACAUUCACAGAAUUGGUCGUUCAGGUCGUUUUGGUCGUAAGGGUGUUGCUAUCAACUUUGUUAAGAAUGACGAUCUCAAGAUUUUACGUGAUAUUGAACAAUACUAUAGUACACAAAUUGAUGAAAUGCCCAUGAAUGGUAAGCCAUUGAAUACUUCUUGA